AUGGCUAGACUUUUAAGCAUGGCAAAGACGACGCCGGCGAUACUAUUAAUCCUAGUCGUAGCCGCAGCUUUGACGACUGCUACUACGGCCCACAACCACAGCCACCAUCACCACCACCAUCACCGUGCUCCAGCUCCAGCGCCGACCCCUAAUUCCCUCCCACCAGCGGCUGGUGGCAGCGGUGGAAACUCGUCCCACCACUCGGUGCCGCCGGCAGCUACUCCGUGGCCGCCGCAUGAUCACGGUCCUAGCCCUCCUCCUCCAGCCUCGUCGUCGGUGGCCGCAGUUCUCGUUGAUUGGUGGGUUGCUGCUUGGAUGGGCGGAGCUGCAACUAUCGUAUUGUUAGUUGCAGCAGGGAAAGCAGACUGCAGACAACCACCGAAUUGGAGAAGAAGAAGAAUGGCUUGUACGCACGAUCACAGCUGCGAAGAUCAUGAUUGCUCUUCUGAUUGGUCUCUCUACAAACACAUAGACCUAGCUAAGGUUUCGGCUCUGAAUGAAGCAGUUCCAGGAAGUGUCAAGUCGGUCUUCAAAGCUUGGGAGCACCGCCUGAACUUCUCUGGGGAACUCUUGCAAAGCAAUGAUGGUGAUUCUGAACUGCUUGUCUAUGUCCCGUUCACAUCUGAUGUUAAGAUCAAGAGCAUCUCGAUUGUUGGUGGACCAGAGCGAACAAGUCCUUCCAGAAUGAGAGCGUUUAUCAAUCGAGAAGGAAUGGAUUUCUCUGAUGCUCAAGACAUGCAAGCGGUGCAGGAAUGGGAGUUGGUUGAAAAUUUGCAAGGAGUGCUGGAGUACCAAACUAGGUAUGCCAAAUUCCAGGGAGUGUCAAGUAUCACAUUACACUUUCCCGAUAAUCUUGGGGGAGAUACUACACAGAUACACUACAUUGGUUUCAAAGGCGAAGCCACUAAGUUGAAGAGGGAUACUGUUGCAACGAUCGUGUAUGAACUCAGGCCAAAUCCUUCCGACCAUAAGACGAAGGCUGAAACUGGUGGUGGUCUUUCUCAUGUGGGAUGAGGAAAAUGUGUCACAUGCUUUUUGCUAAUAGUAGACAAGUAAUUGAUCAACCUUCUUGCGCUGACGAUGAGAAUCUGUUACUAUGUGCCUGGGAUCGUCCUUGUUUGGUUCCUUGUUGUCUUUCUUCUUGUUAUCUUAGUUGUGUACUUGCUAACCCGGAAAGCACUCACGGGAAUCUGUGUCUAGUUGAGUGAUAUCUGUACAAAUAGAUAAGGCCUAAGGGACGUAGAGAACAAACCUCUUUAGGAUAAUCAAUCCUUAUGGUAUUUAUGGACAUCCCUUUCCACCCCAACCCCACAAAGCUGGACCGAUUUGGGCAACAACCAAAUUGUAACGAACAGAAGGCAGCUUAUGCCGAAACUUGGGAUGCGUGAACACAAUAUCCGGCGGGCUGCUCGUGGCCGGAAAACAUAAAGCUGGGAGGAAGUGCCGGCUUGCAGCCAGAGAUGGAAGAAAGAUGUGCAGACAGAGACACAGAGUCCUGUGGGCUGAACGGAAAC